CCCUUUAACCGGUCAAAUCGUCGUUCCUCGUUCUUUCCGACUCCUCUCUCGUUCCUCGCGAAUUUCGUUUUUUUUUUUUUUUUUUUUUUCAAAUUUACACCAAAUUCCGUCAGUCUACUUCUCUUGAAUUUCUUUUGAUUUUCUUUCAGCCCUUGGUGUGUCCACGGUCUUCGAAGUAUCGCGAGGGUGGAGAAAAAUACGCCAGGCUAACCCGUACCGUAAAAACCAAAAAAAAAUACGGGUAAUUCCCAGCUUUGGCAAGCAACACUGCAUCGUUUCACCGUGUGGCUGACUAUAUAGGCAUCGCCACCAGGAGUUACUCCCACUCUCCCUCAAGAACAGAAUUCAGUCUUCUACGAGUCUACCGUACAGAGUCAAUAUACAGUCCUCAUAGUAUAACAGUGCCAGAGUGGCAUUGAACGAAACUGGCAGCGGCUCCCCGCAAAAGAAAUCGCCAGCAAGUACUUGAGUCUCAGGUCUACGCUCUUCUCCCUUUCUAAUAAAUCAUUCGCAAAUUCGCAAUGAGCAUACCUACAAGAUGAUUAAAAAGUGGUAUCAUCUCAGGAUUGAAGUGUCUAGAGGUCCCAAUCACUUUCCAUGCAGCAUCAACUAUACCUAAGACGCAGAUACCAAUUUGCACAAUACGCUAAGCAGCUUUCGUUCUUCGUACAGCACGUGAAAGGAUCUUGUUAAGACUAUCUAUAACAACAAGAAAAAUAAAAGCGGAAGUUCUCACUCGAAGAUUCAAGGAUGGACGGGUGACUCGUUUGUAUCCUCGAAUACGAAGCUCGAUCACGGCAAAUCCCUUCCGCAAAAGUUUUAUUCUUCGGUUAAUCAUUGCCAUCGUUAUUGCGCACGCGAUCUAGAUUCCGAUGCGUUAAUCAUUUCGAUCCUGAAUUAUUAAAUCUCUCAACCCACACGGUAAACUUGCACAGUUCUUAGAUUAGUGCGAGAGCGAGCAAGGUCCUUAGAUCAUUCGUAAAAUAACUUUCACGGUAAAUAAUUUUCAUGAUGACUUUCAAAAGCAUUAUUAUUAUAUUACAACGAACCAAUAGCUCGUAUCCUUGCUGGUGUCAUUAAACGGCUUAAAUACUUCCGAGUGACUGUCAUUAAAGUCUGGAUUGAGUUAAGUUUUCAAACCGCGUUUACAUAACCUCACUUUCUGCAGGAUCGUAAAGACUCUUAUUCAAGUGGGAAUAUCAAAGGGCGUUCAAAGCGUCAGGUCUAAAUCCAGUGUUUAAUUGAUCCGAUAGAGUCGGAUCUGACUAUCAUUACUAUUGCCAGGAUAAUCAGGACCAUUGAAGUUCAGCAGCUUUCCAAUCGGCAUGAUCGACUGUAUCGUAUGUUACGUGAACUUUGAACUUGUUAAAUACGUCGUUAUAGCGCUGCUACGUAAUUCCUAUUAAUAGACCGCCAUUAUAAAGGCGGGAUUAUACAUAUAAAACUGAAAACUGUAUCAGACGAAUCUCGCGUUUUGCUUGUCAUACAGAAUCGAGUUAAUUGUAAAGAUAAAAAAGCGUCUGACAAAUUUAUACAGUACUACGUCUAAGAAUAAGAUAGGAAAAAGGGCGAGGGCAAAGAGAGGAAGGUGAAAAUAUAUAUGUAUUCUAGCAAAGUCACAUUACUUUCUCGAUUAAUUAAUUAAUUAAUUAUAAUUAAUAUAUAUACAUGAUUGUUAAUAUAUCGGCAAAUGGGUCAAUGAUUUUUACGCCGUCAGCAGCCAAGCGUGUGCAAGAUUUUUCUGUCUGUCCAACGGAGUCUUUGCUGGUCUGUGGAUCGAUCGAUCUGAAGUUUAUCGAUAGAGAGUAUCGAUUGGUUAACUCACACAAUGAUCGUGAUCGAUUCUCAUAACGAUUGUCGCUAACUGAUCGUUAGCACGUAGUUAGAUCCAUAUCCUUAACUACGUUAAAUAUGAUAAACCGGAAUGGACGUAAUCAAGGAGGAGUCAAUUGAUAAGGCGAAGCUUGAAGACUUCUUGGACGCCAUAUUGCAAUUGACUGUCGAGGUAUCUGGGGCACGUUCACACCAAAAUAUUUUGUCUACGAACCUUCGGCUGAAAAUGGGUCAGCGGUAUCGAGAAUGAGAUAAUGAAAGCAGGACGAUAUAACAACGUGGGAGUCUACGAAAGAAAAGAUACGUGACUAAUUAGUGGAUUGCUUAGCAUCCGGGAUUUAAUCAAAUCCGAUUAAACUUUGCGGAAGGCAUUCGAAUAAAGUCUGCGCAGACUGAACGGUACACAUCUUCAAGGCGAACUGCUUCGCCAGUCUUAGAUAAAUCUAUAGAAUAUUAAAUUGAGUAUUGGUUGAAGUGGUAUAUCAACUUGUAACUAAAGAAUACAUUAAUGGGAUAGACAAUGGAGGAAUUUCAUUUGUUUUUGAAUAAUGUGAGAAAAUGUCAGGAGGAAAGAAACGAUAAUGUUUUGAAAGGAAUUUUACAAGGGUGUCGCAGUAAUUUCCAAAAUUUGUCAGCAACAGAUUGUGAAUUAGCUCUGUCGAUUAUUUUCGACGAGAAUUUGGGUUUAUUGAAAUUUAUGUAUAAUGAGCUCGAUGAGGUUCAACGCCGUCGUAUGGAUUCUUCAAUUAAAGAAGGUUUUCAUCUUCUGGUUUUUAUUGCCACUGAGUUUAAGGGCCCAUUUAAAAAUUAUUGUGUUGCAGCAAAGGAAAUCUGCCAUUUUGCACUUAUUGGCAAGUACGAUCUUUACAUAAAAAGGGCCGCGUGUCGCUUUUUUCAAACGCUUAUAAAAAUCUAUAAAAGCGAAAAUUUGGAGUUAGAGAAGAAUGUGAAGGAUUUUCGAAAAAAAUUUGUUCUCCUGGGAAUCAAAGAACGAAGUAUGGUCCUUGCUGUUCUUGGUACAAUAGCUAAACAUUGUCCUGAAUGUAUUCAGGAGGACGAUGCAAAAAGCAUUUACAAGUACCUAAUGGCUGACUGUACUCAGACAACAAAAUAUUCCUCACCGCCACCCGAAGUCGAGUUUUACUUAGAAACAUGGGCUGACAUGCUUGACAGUUGUUCGCCCGCUGAACGAAGAUCUCAAGAAUUCAAAAGGCGUUACAAAAUGUUGUAUCCAUGGAUUAAGAAUUUAAGUACGUCGACUGAGGAUCGUAAGAGGAAGCACAUAAUGAGAAAGGCAAUAGAUUUACUCAUACGUCACAUAACAUUCUUUCAAGAAUUGAUUUACCAGGAUUAUAAAUAUUGGCACAGCACAUUCUUAUCUUUAUCAACACAAACGUCUGCCAAUGGAGAUAUCGGCAUUAAAGCAAUAAGAGCCUAUUAUGGGAUGAUAGGUACUAUAUUGCGCCACAAAAAUUCUGAUGCGGACAAAGAAAUAUUUUUGUACUUUGAGAAUGAUUUCAUGAGAUCGUUUGACAGAAAUUUGAAUGAAAACGAAUUGCGUCAGGUAGUGCAUGGUGUCAGCCAAUUGGCUGCAUCCUACAAAAUUCAUUCGACCGUUGAAGCUGUCGACAAAAUAUAUUAUUUGAUAUUGCGACGUACGAUGUUUUUAUAUAGCCGGAGUAACGAACUCACGCGUUUUGAUGAUAUACCGUACUACCAAGAAGCACUUUCUACAAUAAUGUGCGAAAUGUCGACAAUAUCAGUUGAACAAAUAAAUGCGCUCACAAAACUCUGUACACUCCUAGUCAAACAGUUUGCGAAAUUGUCUAUAACGACACAAACAUUCGCUGUGGAGUCGCUGAUAGGAACAAUCGGUAGACUUGAAAAUAUUCCAAAAAAUCUUUAUCAACAAUAUCUGCACAAUCUGAUUUACGAUGGUUUAAUAUGGAGCUGCUCGCACACUAUACUAAUAGACGCGGAAUUAGAACGUGACGCGAAAAAUCUUGAAGAACUGCCACUUUGUUACAAACAUUACUGGCCCUUGUGGAAGACUUUACUGAAUCCGCUAAAAUACGGAACGCAGUAUCAACUGUUACAGGAAGUAUUCGACGAGAUGAUAUCUUGUUGCGUAACUAUAAUCAGUAAAUUAGAUUUGAACGUAAAACCAAAAACGGACGAUGUGUAUUCGGACGAUGACUUUUCGAAAAUUGCAGUGAACGAAACUGAUUUCCGAAUAUUUUUGAAUCUCGUGGAUUUGUACGUCGACAUCUUCGAGGCGUGCAGGUCUCUUCCACAUCUGAUUGAAAAUUGGCUUAAUCGGUUUCUUCGUGCGAUCAUUAAAACGUCAUACAGACACCCUCUGGUAUCAGGAUUUUAUAAAUUGGUUCGUCAAGCAAUCAAAAUCUCGGAUGUGUUUCAAGAUAAAGAUAAAUUAGAAGCCCACCAAGAUACCGUAAUGUUGGUUAAAGAAUAUCUAUCCGAAGUAUUGGACCUGGUCUGCGGCUUCUCCGAAGAAUUACAAAUCACCUGCGUCUAUUUGAUACUCGAUGCACCAAUAACAUUCGUGGAAAAUAUUCUGGAUCGUGCGCCAGGAAUUUUAAAGAUUGCCUUUACAACUGGACUAAGCAAUUUUUCACUGGCUUCGAGUGCCCUGGGAACUUUGACGAGAUGGACCAAUUAUUUUGGAAACGAGCGUAUCAAAAAUCUUCUACUUCGAGUGGUGCCGCAUCUGGAGCCAUUUUUGUGCAGCAGAGAAACGUCCGUUGAGAUGUUGCAGGAUAUUUUAAAGACCCAAAGGAAAGUUGUGAAAAAGGUGACCCUGGUUAACGAGGAGAAUACACUGGAGAAUUUUCAAAAAAAUAUUCUCAUAUUUCUGGGAUCUCUGGACUCUGACAUAACACUGGCAUUUGUGCACGAAAGAUCCUUGAACACUGGCGCCACCUGGGACAAGAAGAACUUACUGAAGUACACGCUCCCAUAUCCGGAUAUCAAGUUAGACAUUUAUCUGGACAAUGGGCUGUCGAGGAUCAUCGAAUUGGCGCUGCACUCGGCCGACAGACGUACUAAGGUCGUUGCUGCUGAAGUCCUGCACUCUGUUGUUGCUGUUGUGCUGGACAAGACAAGACAAAAGUCUGGACAACAGCUAGAUAACUUUGCGACUAUUUAUAGUACUUUGUUGCCUACCUUGCUCAGACUUGGAUGCGAUUCUGAUGAUGUUGUACGACAAGUGUUCCAUCCGUUGAUGCUGCAGCUAACCCAUUGGCUCGGCAAAGAGGAAAUGCUUUGUUCCUCCAUUACGAGGCUUCUGGUCGAUGCAAUCUUCGAUGGCAUCGAUGACGAAUCGAAUUCCUCCCUCAAGGAAUUCUCCGGGAAGUGUCUGGCCGAAUUUGUCGAAUGGUCCAUGAUGUCCACUGAGAAACAAUUCACUAAGACUUUUGACAAUGUGAUUGGGAUUCUCAAUAAAAUAAUGAGCCUUUCGCUACAUCCAUCUGCACGAAAACGCGUUGCUGCUGCUAUUGCUUUUAAUCACCUCUACAGAAUAUUGCGGGAAUACAGCGAGAUCGUUGAUAUAUUUUGGUUGGAAAUUUUGUACUCUUUCAUUAAGAGCUUGGUGGGCUGUGAUGAUUCGCGAAUUGGCACUGCUCUUAAGCACGUGGAAAGGGUUUUGAUUGCAAAAGCAAAUGUUUUUCACAAACAUAAUGAAGAAAGACGAAUAUCAGUCGAAUUCGGUGGUUCGACCUUGAAAGACGCUGCUGAUUGGUUGUUCCUACAGUGCAUUACCACAGACCGAAAUUGCAGAAACAAGUGUAUGGAAUUGCUAGAGAAAAUUUCUGUACACGUUCCGUGUUACAAUUCGACGAAGAACGUCGUAUCGUUCUAUAAUAAUACAAAUGGCGUAAAAGCACUGAAUUCAAUGAUACUGAAAAAUUUGAACGAGAAGAACUACACUGUCAUUUCAUUGGAGAAUCUUCAGUCGCUUUUACGUGCGCUUGACUGCUAUAUUUGGUUGAUUGGAAACGAUUUACUUAAUUUCGAAACUUUAUUUGCCACAGAAAAUGGAAACGGAUAUGUAAUUUUCGACUGCGUUCAAAAUUUUAUACAUUGUCUGUUGCACGUGAGAGCCAACAAUUCCGACGAAGUAUCAGUGCUCUCCAGUGAACUGGAGACUUUGAAAGUAAUAAAGCGUGAAAUCGUCAUAGUGGUCUUAAAGUUCGUUGAAAUUCUUCUGAUCAUUAUUAACAAGCAUAGAGCGAUCAACGUGCCGCCAUCUUUUUGGAGUAAAGAUUUGUUCACACUGAUAUCAUUCUGCGUACUCGAACCACACGCUCUUGAAUUUAACGAAAAAAAUCUUAAAAUCACGGAAACUCUACCGCGUCAGGUGGAGAGCUUAUUUUCGACUAUGAAAAAAAAUAAUUUUAUCUUCGAUUCUCUCAAGGAUACCAUUUCUAUGGCUGUGGUGAAAAAGUACCAAGAGUGUUUUGAAUUGGAUGCAAUAAUUAAGAAAAAUAAUGCAGAACUAAAUAACAGUGUCAGGGGACUUACCUUACUGAGAAAAAGUUUGCUUCUGGAUAAAAUCUUCGAAGAACAAAAUAUCGAUGCAUCUUGGCCACAGAGAAAAUUAAUUGUUUUAUUCAACGCCUUACGAACUGACAGCUGCAACGCUCCAACGUGCACCAUACUGGAUCCUGAUACUAAAGAAUAUUUUGAAAACUUGAUGCAACUCUUGCUGAUAACGUAUGACCCUGCAUUGGCCAAAACAUUGUUAAAUCUCAUUCUGGAUAAGACACCAUUGGAGAAUCUCGAUUCCACGAAAAUUCAGCACGGAUAUUAUUUUCUGUUGAUAUUGAAAAAUCCAAUAUUUCAUCAUAUGCUGAGAAACGUUGAGGAAAUUAUGAAGAUGCUACAGGAUCAAUUGCUGUAUAAUAAUCCUGCUGAGUUACUGAUGAUCUUAAAAGAGAUGAUGGCAUUUUCAUUGAACCACAAGAAAGAAUUGCGAACGUAUUUUGAGAAGUUGACAAAAAUCUUACUGGAAAUGUGUCCGUUGCUCAAAAAAUCCAUAAACAAUCUUCCAUCGAGGAAGGAUAUGUUUUUGUAUAUAUAUAUCACUCUGGUUAAACUAAUGCAGACGCCUGUUAUCGUUGCAAGAGAAAGGACUUAUCUCUACGAAUGGAUUUUGGACGAACUUCGCUGUUCCGACAAUUUGGAAUAUAAAACUCAGCUUUUGGAAAAUUUUGCUAUAGGUUUGAUAGAUGCAGAAUUAGAUUCAAACAAUGAAUUAUUGAACGUGUUGAAAGUUAUAAAAAAUACACACCUGCCUCAAUCGACCAAUGACAUGUCUAUGAAUAAUGCAGAGAAUUUGAAAAUUCGCGAAUACUUUGACACUUUGUUAAAACUGUUACCAGCUCUGAAGUCGACAAAGUUCUUCGAGUCCGCCAUGUUGUUCGCAGCUGGAACUGGCAAUGUUUUGUGCGACGAAAAGAUAACUGACAGUCUUACACUAUUCUUCCAAGUUGUCCCUAUGGAAUGUGCGUUGAAGUCUAUCGACAUAGCGUUCCGAAACUUCAUGGAUUUGGAUCAUCAACAAGUACGUAUGGAUAUAUUGCAUUCAUUUUUAAUCCCAUCUUUCGACAGGGUCAAAUUGGAGAUAAUUGAAGAAUUUUUUGAAAAAAAUGUCACGGAAAUUUCCGUGAUAAUAAGUCAGAGUCUUGCCGGAUGUGAAAUCGACAUGAGGCGACUAAUUUUAACGAAGGUCGGAUGUUACGAUCUGCUGGGAAUAAUGUUUACGAAAUUGAGCGACGAUAAAAUCGAGAGCAUGAAAGUUGAUAGAACAAUGUUGAUAAUGAGUGCCAUGAAGGUACGAUCGUUUAAAACGUACAGUAACGAAAACAAAGAGUUGAUGAGAUUGUUGCAUUGUUCGGCGUACAAUUUUUGCGUGGCGAGAGUCACUUUGAAAAAUGAUGAAAAAAUGUACAAUUUAUUAUUCGGUGAGAACCGAGAGAAAGGACAGCUGAUAUGGGAAAAUAUAAUAGACUGCGAGAAGCGCUAUACGUUUCAGCAAAGUUUUAAAGACACUCUGAAGAAGCGCAGGAGACACGUAAAUAUUCGAAAAAAGAAAGAAGGUGCAAACGAUCAUCAUGCCCGUCAUUCAUAUUUAUACAGUUUUGAUCUGGCCUCGUCUACGUUGACUGAAGAUAUGAACAGUUAUGAUUACAAUGAUCUUUCCUUAAAAUCGUCACCCGAUGGCAACAAUGCUCAAGAGAGGAUGAGCGUCACUCUGGAGUCUGAUGAUCUUAACGAUCACGAAUGUAUGGCAUCUAUAUGUGCUGUUUUCCGACAUCUGAUGUCGAAUGGAAUAUUUGUGCCUUUUAAUGAAAAUGAUACGUCACAAAGUAAACAAGAAAUGCCUGAAUGGCUUAAGAAUUUUUACAAUGCCUUCACAUACAGCGUGCGCUCCAAACGUCAGAACGUCGCACUUUUCAUACUAAAAGUCAUUCUCAAUGUUCCAGAAGCAUUUAAGCCGUAUGCCAAAUUCUUUCUUGCUCCUAUCAUCACAGCCAUCAAUGUUUGUUUUAGAGAUUAUUGUAUGAAUGACUUUAUUACGGAUGCUAUAGUAAUGCUCAGGAAUUGGAAGGACGUUGCGAUACCAACGGAAGGUAAAGAAAAAUUAGAAGCUCAAAAGUUUCUGGAAGCCAUUAUUGGUGUAACGGAAAUUAAUCCGUCAAAUUUGUGUAAAUUUAAUAUGAAGAUAAUUAAUAUUUUGGUGGAAAGUUGGAAUCAGUGUUUAACUUUACCUGCGAAAUUAAAUGAGAAGAUAGAAUCAUCGCCACACGUUGCUGUGCAUUUGAUUUUGAUUUUUGUCAAGAACAAAAUGGUGGAGUCGGUAGUGCGGCAGGAAAGUAUUUUGAACCACUUACAAAAUUCUGUUGGGAAAUGGAUGGAGAAUAAGGAAGCAGCAAUUCGGGCUUGUGAGAGUCUGGGAAUUGUUUUGAAUUUUAUGGAAGAUAAGGUUGAUUACGAAGACAAGAAGAAUAGCAUCGUCGAUAAUUUGUCAAGAAUUUUUCGAAAUAUUUUUCAAGCGUCCAAGGAAACUGUGAUUAAGUGCAUUCACGCUUUGUGUAUCAAAUACGAAAAUGCAGUCGUAAAAUAUUUUCAUUUUAUACGCUCCAGUGUACAAAAGGUCGACCAAACAUUGAAGUCUAAAUAUUUAGAAGUUCUUCUGGUGCUAAUUACAAAAUUAACACCUGAGAAUAUUUAUACGGAAUUGAAUCACAUCAGCUUCAAAUACUUACUUAAAAUCAAGAUAUCGUCUUGCGAGAGAGUACAAUUGCAAAUCAUGUCCCUCCUUGCGAAACGAUUAAGUCCAACGAAUCUGAUAGAAUUAGCCAAAUUAAUUUCACCAUAUGCAAAACACGAUUUAUCGCAGUAUCGAGAAAUGACUUAUGAAAUUUUUAUUUCAAUUCAUAAUCGCUUUUAUCGUGAUAUUUCCGAAGACAGUGAUACGAGUGAAUUAUUAAUAUUUGCCAGUAAAAUUCUCUUGGAUGGUCUGAUGGAUCCGUCCGAGGAUCUGCAGAAGAAAUUACUCGAAUUCUGGACGGAGGAGAAUUCUGGCAACAGAAAAUUAACAGAAAGAUGUACCGACAGACUUUUGGAAAUCUUAAAUAUGUAUUCGCCAGAAUUGGAAGAAGUUUACUUGCACAUUUUACCUUUGGCCAUGUUGCAGCUUACUAGUAAAACACCAGAUUUCAAUACGAAGAUUUGCGAUCCCUUGGAAGAAUGUCAGUUCAUUCCUUAUCAGAUAGAUGUCACCUGCAAAACGAAAAAUUUAGCAUCCGUGGCACCACUCUUUGCCAAUUCUCACGCAAGUCAAAAAAAUUAUUCAUUCGCACAUUCCACGCAAACCCUACAGGAUUUAUCGACGUAUGCCAAUUCAAUUCCAUCAAUGAGCAUAGCCAGCGAUUCAAAAUUCGCGCCACAGAACGCACUCGCAUUCGAGCCAACCAUCGACGAAGAACUUGAUGACUUCGAAGUACCGGAAGUGACACCUGUUCCCGAGUUUAAGAAACCCAAAGAAUUAAGAGAUUCAUUAAGAGCAUCAUUGUACAUACAGGAAUCAUCAAAAAUCCGUGAAGAUAUGCGUCUGCGUGAGAUAAAGAAAAAUGAACGUCACAAGGAGAUGAUAAAGAUGGAAAAAAUAAGACAGAGAAACACAGUAAAGAUGACAAAAGAAUACACAUUAGGUGACUAUCCCGAUAUAAGUAUCACGAAUUCAAGCUUGCUGCAGCCAUUACAAAAAUUGGCAACGCGAGAUCACAAUGUAUGCAAAUACGUAAUAGUAUCGAUAUUCCGUUCACUGAUCGAGACUAUGUCAGGAAUUAAAUCCACAUCGGAAUACCGUGACAAAGUAUCGCAGAGUUUAAAAUUCAUUCUAGAAAACUGUCGAAAACAAAAUCCAUUAAUGGCGACGAUCCUAGAAAUGACUUGGAGCACAAACAUCACAGACUUCUGUUCCGACAAUGUAGCCAAGGCAGCAAAGUCAAAUCAACUAUUAUCGCUAGGCGCAUUAGUUUUAGAAGAAAAAUUAAUUAAAGAAGAUGAUUAUACAGGUCCGCCAUUAAAAAAACAACGAAACUCAGUGACACAUGAUGAUCCACAUACAAAUGAAUGGGUUCAAUUAGCAAGUCUGUACGAAUCUAUGAACGAGGUCGAUGUCGUACUGAGUAUAUUCUCUGACCGAGUCUCAAGAAAGUCUCUGCAGGAAGCUACCUUUGCUCGAGCAGCCAAUGAUUGGACAACAGCAAAAGAUGCCUAUCUUAAAGCCUAUGAAAUGGAAUCAGGAUCGAUCAAGGAACAUUGCCUCGAAGGAUAUUACCAAUGCCUUGCACAUCUUUUAUGUUGGAAGACUAUGGCGAAGAGUAUCAAACAGAAAUUAAACAAUGAUUAUAAUAAUAUUUGGAAGCCAUCUUGGCAGGAGGAUUGGAUAGUUCCUUGGAUGUUUAGUGCUCAUGUACAACUCAUGUUGAAAGGACAGCGUAUUGAUAGUUCUGCAGAGUCCAACAGCUUCGAAGAAGCAUUAAUGGAAUGGAUGAAGGAUAAGAAUAAGUGUGAUCACAUAAAAAGAUGUUACGGUGAAGAAGUUGCUAUACUUUUGGAUGAAGAUAACAGAGCAGCUCAAUUCGAUUGUUUGAACGGAGCUUUGGAAGGAAUCAGAGAACAGUGGAUUCACCUUAAUCCACUGUCUGCCAGUCAGAGAAUCCGAUUGCUUUUGAAGUUACAAGGGAUUAAUGAGGUUCACGUUUAUUUGAAAUAUUCUAAGGAACCAGAUGAUUUUUCAAAAAUAAGGAAGCUACUGAAUUACUGGAAUCACAACGUACCGUCGGUUCACGACGAUCUCAUAACGUCGUCAAAGUUAACAACUUACAGAAUACAUUUUGCUGAAGUGCUUGGAAAGAAAUUGGCCACUGAACUUGACUCGCAGGAUGAAAAUAUUCAGAUUGAAUUACGAAACCUUUGUUAUAAACAAAAAUUAAAAAUGACAGACGCAGCGCUCUAUCAAAAAAAUUUGAAAAUUGUCAAGUUUCAUUCGUAUUACACAGAGAGUCAUGUAGAGGAAGUUUCAGAUAAUUUGAAAGACGAGUUUCAAAUGAUAAUUGCAAAGUAUAAUUAUCUCGAAGGAAUCUUAAAGAAAACUAACAGUGACAAAUUAAACUCCUAUGAGAAGUCUUGGAUACAGACUGAAAAACUUGUCAAAGAGUACGAAAAGCCUCACUUCAAAGUACUCGCUGCGCAACACCUCGCUACGUUAGCUGAUACUCUAGUUAAUUUAUCUAUAAAUGACGAGAUUUUUUAUAAUGAUCUUAAAACCAAAGAACAUAUCGUCAAUGCCGUAUCCACUGAAUGUGUUGCUUCUAAUGAUCUGAUUGAGAAACUGCAUGCAUACAGUCUAUCGUAUUUGAGGAAAUCUUGCAAUUUGGCGAAUGAAAAAUCGAUCGGUCCAUGUUAUUUGAAACUUUCAAAGUAUUGCCAUGCGCGUAUUACUGAUCCGGAAACUGAUUCGAGGUAUCAAACCGGAAAUCCUAAUGAUCUGAUACAAGAAUUUGUAAGGUCCACUUUAAGAGCGAUGAGUUAUGGCUUGCAGGAAGCUGCGUAUUAUUUUCCAUGCAUGCUGAAGAAGGAAUAUUUGGAAAAUGAAGAGACUAGGGAGAUUUUUAUUAGAGAAUCGAGGGACAUCCAGGCUUGGCUGUUUCUUGCAUGGCAGGCACAGCUUCUUUCGCAUCUUGGAUCCUCGAUCACGCCUACGAUCAUUCCUAUUAUCGAAAAGAUCGUCAACACUUAUCCAAACGCCAUGGUCUACACGUUCCGUCUUACUGCAGAAACGAAUCCUGCUAUUCUCGAUGAUCCAUUGUUAUUCAAGAUUCGCGAAAUUCUAAUGGGUGAUCGCAAGAUUGAACAUUUUUUAAUGGCUAUAGAAUAUCUUGCACAACCUGAAUUGUACCUGCGAGAUCAAUUAACAACAUUUUUGAGCAAUUUGAAACAUGGACGUGACACAGCGCUACAAACCUUGCUGAAAAAAGCAUUUCCACGUGGCAGUGGAGAUACAGAUUCACCUGCUCAAGGAUCACUUUACGAACACAUCAAUGUGUUCAGAGAACAAAUUGAAAAAAUUCGCAAUUACGAAAGACACGACGCUAUAUCGCAGCAUGUGACCACUCUACAGAAACGCUUAAGGGACGCGUUGAUGAACCGAGAAAGUAAGAACCAAAAAAGCCCAAGAUUUCGUAGAUUUUUGGGCGAGAGCGAUGAGAAGCAAUUGAAAAGCUACAGUCCAUGGCUUCAUGAAAUUCCACCUGGCGAAAUUGAAAUUCCAGGACAGUAUACCGGCGACAGAAAGCCCAUGCCAAAGUACCAUGCAAAAAUCAUGCGGUUCGAGUCGACAGUACAGAUAAUGUCGUCUCUACGAAGACCAAUGAAAGUUACAAUGAUAGGGGAUGACGCCAGGAAUUAUUAUUUCUUAGUAAAACAUGGUGAGGAUCUGAGACUCGAUCAACGUAUACAGCAACUUUUUGCAGUAAUGAACAAUGCAUUAAAAGUUGAUACCGCGUGCAGACAACGUCAGUUGGUAAUCGACACGUAUCAGGUAAUACCACUCUCGACAUCCGUGGGUUUAAUAGAGUGGGUCGACGAUACCAAAAGACUCUGUGACUUCGUCGACUUCACUCUUGAUAAAAAACAACAAUCUCAACACAAGGAAGCAUUGGACAGAUACACCAAGUGGAUAAGCAAAGCCGCGCCUAAUUUACAUCUUACUGAACAAUACAAGAAAGCCUUGAACAAGUAUAGCGCAGAAGAUGUCAAAGCGAAAAUGGCAGAACUCACCAACAUGUGUCAAGUAGAUUCCUUGCGUGAUACUUUUAAGCUUCUAAGUUCAUCGCCAGAAAGUUUUAUGGCGCUGCGACAUAAUUUUGUCACGAGUUACGGGACCAUGUGCGUCGCUCAAUGGAUAUUGGGAAUAGGCGACCGCCAUUUGGAAAAUACUCUAAUAUCCGUGAAGUCUGGACGAAGUCUGGGAAUAGAUUUCGGCUUAGCCUUUGGCGCUGGAAUCGCGCUACCUAUACCGGAACUGAUGCCAUUUCGAUUGACACCUCAGAUUGUCGGUCUGUUAAAGCCCUUUAACGAGAAUGAUCUUUUGGAAUGUACGAUGAUUCACGUGAUGAAUGCUCUUAGACAAGAUAGGUCUCCGCUGCUUGCAUGCAUGGAUGUAUUUGUUCACGAGCCUCUUAAGUGGACAGAACAUGUAAACAAGCUUAACGUUGAGAUUGGACAGAGUACUAUAGAUGUCAAAUGGCUACCAGAGAAGAAGAUAAGGACUGUCAUGGAAAAGUUGAAUGGCGGGAAAUCAUCUUUAAUUGUUUGGAAACAACUGAAAGAUUAUCACAACGAUGAAUAUUUAGCCCGAUACGAAGCGAUACUUUGCGGACUGGACGAGAGGCAUAAAAGGAAGCGUGCUACGAUGAAGGAUAAAAAUCUGUCGGUUAAGGAGCAGGUGGAAUGUCUACUCGAUCAAGCAACCGAUCCAAAUAUACUUGGACGUUCCUACGCCUAUUGGAAACCAUGGCUUUAAAUUUAACAUUCCUAUAUGCAUUGUCAGUUAUAUUUUUUAUCUAACUCUUGCAUGAAAAAUGUUACUUUUCGUGCCUCCAAAGUGUGGCGAAAGUGGCGCUUUAUAAGUAAGGCUGCGAUAAAAAUGCUGCGCAUGCGCAAAUCGGCCCAAUUUUACUUUAUUCUCGCGCGCUGUCAUGAUACGCAUUCACUUUGGAGGCCUUCCUUGCUUUCCUUAUGGCUGCCUCCUCCAAUGUGAGAUCUCCUCCAAGGAGAUGUGCCAGUCACUUUGGAGGCACAAAAAGUAGCACUUUUCAUGCAUGCGUUACAGGAAAUAUUAUGCGAUACUGGUGCAAUAAAGCGAAAAUAUACACAGGUCGUGAAGUUUGUCACACUCACCG